AUGCUGAAGACGUAUACGCUUACGUUCCACGAGAAGCAAUUUGGUGGAUCAAUCGUUCCACGUCAACAAGCAGGCUUAACAACGACUGUCUCUCGUAAAAAUCCAUUCGAGUUAUUGGUUGCCCUUGACGAAAAUCUGCAAGCAAAAGGAAACCUUCUAUGGGAUGACGGUGAAAGUAUUGUGGAAAAUUUCAAGACGCAUAAUUACAUUGAGUUGGAAUUCAGUAUAAAAAGUGGCUUAACGACAACAUUGACUAUAAAACGACUCUCGAAAGGAGUUAUUGCGAACGUUCCAAAAUUGACGACAAUUGAGAUAUUCGGAUAUGACGAGCUAAUCGAUUACUCAUCUGUUCGAAAAAACGGCAAUGUUAUGAAGACUGAUUUCAAAAAAUCUGUUUACGAUAAAUCGCGUAAACGUUUGUUGCUUGUGGCAGAUGCGUUCUACGAUUUCACAACUGAUAAAGAUGUUACAGUCACAUGGAAAAGUUAUCCGAUAACUGAUUACGUGCCUCCUCAGUCGAGAGUCAAUUGUGCGCCUGGUCAGGACUGGCCAGAUGGAACCGCAUGCGAACAGCUAGGCUGUUUGUACGAUGGAAGGGUCCGGGAUAAUAUUCCCAAAUGUUACUUCCCGAAAAGAAGUGGCUACAUUGCAACGAAGACUACAGCCGAUCAGGUCUUUCUUAAGCCGUUUGAUGGCGUCAAAAAUCCUUUCGGAGACAAUAUAAGCCCCAUUGAGUUUUCGACGUCUACGAUUGAUGGAACCACCACACGCAUUCGUAUUGGUACAACUGGAAGAUUCGAGCCUCCAUUAUCAAUACCUCGAAAGUCAUUCAGCACGGGUGAAAAAUUCGUAGUUGAGACUUCCGAUAAAACAGGCGUUUUUUCGUUCAGCGUGAAGAGGUCGUCAACGAAUCAUUCUAUUUGGGAUACAUCAAUUGGCUAG